AUGAAGUUGAGUAAAAUGAAUGAGGAUGAGGCAGCUCUUAUAUUCGAGGAAAGAAAGAAAAAACUAAUAGGAAAUUUAAUCGAUCAAUACACUAAAGUUCAAAAAUAACAGUAACUAUCGAAAAAUAAUAUCCUAUCCAAACAUGAGUAACCCAAAUUACCUUAAAAGCUCAAUCAAUCAAAUUAAGGCAUUGGGGACACUUCCAAAGAAAAUCAAUUAAAAAAAAUAGUUAAGACUUCAUUGUUAAAGGACAUUGGCAAUAUUGAUGUGGAAAUACAAAAAAUGACCAAUGAAUAUAACACGAACAGAACUAAACCACUCUAUUUGGAAAAACAAUAUUCCCAUUCUAAAAUACUGACCAAAACAUUAAAUCAAACUGAAUUAUCCAAAUCUGAAUAGAAAACUUCAAUUUAGAACAAGAAUCAAAGCUAUUAUACAAAUAGACAAAAAUCUAACAAAAUCAAUAAGGCAGCUGAAAAUUCUUAUUCCAAACUGGCUGAAUCUCUACGCAAUUAUUCCAAUCAGAGAAAGAUUGAAGAAUCCAAAACUAACGAUUAAUCCAAACCCUAUGAUUUUCUUUAAAUCAACACUCAAUCCGAAAAAAAAAUUGUUAAACAAAAAACAAAAUCAGUCAACAUCGAAGCCAAUGUUAUUAAGUCCAGCAAAGUGAUUUCCAGUGAGCGUAAGAUCCCCAAACCACCUUUGAAAUAGUUGUCUCAAAAGAGGAAUUCAGAGAGUGAAAAGACCUCACCAGUCAAAACCAUUUUAAAGUAAACUUCCAAUCACACAUACGAUCUUAGUUCAACCAAAGCUAAUACGACACAAUAAUUUUAUUUAAACAAGGACAACCACUUUAAUCGAAGUCAAAAUAAUAGUAGGAGUAUUGGGGAUUACAAGAUUAUGGAAGCUGUCAACAUCUACAGAACACUUAAAUAGUUAGUGGAUUCCAAGGAGCAAAUCCACCCAAAACAUUCUACGACUUUACUUUAACAAAAAACUUCAACGCUAUUGUCUCAUAAGAAUGUUAAAUAAUAAUGA